AUGGCGGUGUGCGCUCGCCUCUGCGGCGUGGGCCCGUCGCGGGGAUGCCGGCGCCGCCAGCAGCGGCGGGGCCCGGCCGAGACGGCUGCGGCCGAUAGCGAGCCGGACACGGACCCCGAGGAGGAGCGCAUCGAGGCGGGCGCGGCGGCGCUGUCCGGGGCGGGGGGCGGCGGGAGCGCGGGCCCUUCGCCGCCCCCGCGCUGCUCGCUGCUGGAGCUGCCGCCCGAGCUGCUGGUGGAGAUCUUCGCGUCGCUGCCCGGCACCGACCUGCCCAGCCUGGCCCAGGUCUGCACCAAGUUCCGGCGCAUCCUGCACACUGACACCAUCUGGAGGCGGCGCUGCCGGGAGGAGUAUGGUGUUUGUGAAAACUUGCGGAAGCUGGAGAUCACAGGUGUGUCUUGUCGAGACGUCUAUGCGAAGCGUAUAAACCCACGCGUGAAGUCGGGACGGUUCAUGAAAAUUCUUCCCGAUUAUGAGCACAUGGAGUACAGAGAUGUGUACACCUGCCUGCUUCACCGGUACAGACACAUUUUGGGACUGUGGCAGCCAGACAUUGGGCCAUACGGAGGACUGCUGAAUGUGGUGGUGGACGGCUUGUUCAUUAUUGGCUGGAUGUACCUGCCUCCCCAUGAUCCUCACGUGGAUGACCCAAUGCGAUUCAAACCCUUGUUUAGAAUCCACCUGAUGGAGAGGAAGUCGGCCACAGUGGAGUGCAUGUAUGGCCACAGAGGGCCCCACAACGGCCACAUCCAGAUUGUGAAGAAGGACGAGUUCUCCACCAAAUGCAACCAGACGGACCACCACAGGAUGUCCGGCGGGAGGCAAGAGGAAUUCCGAACGUGGCUAAGGGAAGAAUGGGGACGGACACUGGAGGACAUUUUCCACGAGCACAUGCAGGAGCUCAUCCUGAUGAAGUUCAUCUAUACCAGUCAGUAUGACAACUGCCUCACCUACCGCCGCAUCUACCUUCCGCCCAGCCACCCGGACGACCUCCUCAGGCCUGGCCUCUUCAAAGGCACCUACGGCAGCCAUGGCCUGGAGAUUGUCAUGCUGAGCUUCCACGGGAGGCAUGCCAGGGGCACGAAGAUCACGGGUGACCCCAACAUCCCUGCUGGGCAGCAGACGGUGGAGAUUGACCUCAUGCACCGCAUCCAGCUGCCUGACAUCGAGAACCUCCGCGAUUUCAAUGAGCUCUCCCGCAUCGUCCUGGAAGUUCGCGAGCAGGUGCGGCAGGAACAGCAGCAGCAGGAAGACGGGCCUGAGGAUGGUGAGGGCUGCAGCCGGCAAAGCCCCCAAGAGCCCCAGCAGGGCCCUGCCCAGCUCAGCGUGGAGCCGCCCGCCGAGAAGGGAAGAGAGCCUGGGGAUGGAGGGGCCGUGGCUGCGGCCGAGCAGCCCGCCCAGUCUGGGCAGGGGCAGCCAUUUGUGCUGCCCAUGGGUGUGAGCUCGAGGAACGAGGACUAUCCCCGCACCUGCAGGAUGUGUUUCUACGGCACAGGCCUCAUCGCUGGCCAUGGCUUCACCAGCCCCGAGCGCACCCCGGGGGUCUUCAUCCUGUUUGACGAGGACCGCUUUGGCUUCAUCUGGCUGGAGCUGAAAUCCUUCAGCCUGUACAGCAGGGUCCAGGCCACCUUCCGGAACGCGGACGCACCGUCCCCACAGGCCUUUGAGGAGAUGCUCAAGAACAUUCAGUCCCUCACCUCCUGACGUUCCACUUCUCUGCUGGGGGCUCCCGGGGCUCUGGACACUGCAAGCUGGGAAAGCAGCAGCAUGCACUUUGGAGAUCUGGUCUCUGACCAGAACACCCACCUUCUCGUAGGGGUCUUGGCCCAGCCCCCCGAGACGCUUCCUAUAGAGUGUGCAACACAGGCUUGUAUAGUUGUCAGUAGCUGAUGGGAAAGCUCAGCAUGUCUCACAAAAAACAAAAGAACCAGAAUGAAACUGAUUUCGAGGCCAGCUGCAGGGCGUCUGAAUAACUGAACUGGAGAAACUGGGUUUCUCCUUGGCCUGCUGGCAGUUUUCUAGGGAAAACAAAAUCUUCCUUCAGGGAAGUUCAUGAGUAACAGAGUCUCUUGCUCUGGGCUGAUAUAAGGGGUCCCCUCUGCAGGAAGCGAGUAAAGGGGCUGUGGGCCUGCGAGGGCCUGGGGCGCGGCCUUGGCCAGGUGAACUCUGAUGCAGCCUGGGGUUGGGGGGGCAGUGGGUGCAGAAAGGGUGCUCCGGGGAGUCAGGGUGUUGGGUUUGGGACCCUGGACUGAAUUCCUGUUUCUCUAGCGACUCGCUUCGAUUUUGGACAAAAGCACUUCACCCCGAUCUCAGUUUCUGAGUCAGUGAAAUGGGGCUAGUGAUACAGGUCACUAGAGAACAUCACUGCAGGCCUUCGAGCAGCUUGGAGGCCCUGCAAACACCACCCUGGCCCUGGUCCCGGGGCAGCGCCUGUGUACCUGCCCCGGCCUCUCCCCAGCUUUAGAACCAAGACUUUUGCCGCAGCCAGUUCCAGACAGGGCACUCGUGUCCACGCCCUGCUCCCCCUCUCCCCGCACACACUCUCGUGUCAGAACCCAGGGCUGCAGCCACUUGUCCCAGAAGUGAGACAGGGCUACGUCUGAAACGGCCCUGCAGUUACUUACACAGGUGCUGUUCUUGAAAGUGUUAAAGCAUCACAAGUGGUUGCAGAAGAUGACUUAGAAGAACUACCCUUUUCAGUUGAGAGGGUAGCUUACUAGAAAAGUCACACUGCACGCAUGGACGCGCACUUUGGAGACCAGGACCUCUCCGGGACCCUCCAGCAUAGAGACCCUGAGCACUGACAUUUCUGCUGGCAUUUUGCCUGUGUUGUGUUGACCCCUGCAUUUGGGGACCCUUCUGAGGUCUCUGCUGAUCUUAGCGUCUCCUGAAGAGCAGAGCCCUAAAUGCACGUAGACCUCUGAGAAUUAGUUUCAGCUCUCCCUCCAGCCUGCAGGGAGCCAUCACUGCAUCCACCGUCCAUGGUGUGUGGCUUCACUGGGGGGCAGGGCAGACUUCAUCCCCGGCUCAGUUGCUCAUCCUUGUUGGGUGGACUGCGCUGAGCCUCACGCUGAGGGCGAGAGAGCACAGGGAAGGGGGCGGCUUUGUGGUGCCUUCAUGUAGAGACCAGCCUGAGAUGUCCCGUGAAAUAUGUCCUCUUUUCCCAAUUAAUUUCUCCCUGACUGGCCUUUUUUUAAAAUAAAAAAAUCCCCAUUGCCCUAGCUUCAGUGCAUUUGGCAACUUGGAACUUCCUUUGCUUCCUAGAAUCAUAGAAUUGACAAGCUCUGGGGCACAGCCCCUAAAUGGCAAGCUGGCCCUCCCAGGAGGUUCUGUUGAGACCUGAGAGAGGCAAGCGAAGAAGGCGGGGUCCCUCCUGGGCAGCCGCGGAUUCAUCUGCCUGGUGCUGUCAGCCGAGUCUUGUCCGAGUUGCCCGCGCCUCACCUCCCAGAUCCUUCUCGCGGGACCUGCAGUCAGGUUGAGGGGUCCCAGUUUCUCUUGCAGGACUGAGCCUAAACGUGUCGUCACCCUUCCCCUCUUGCAGUGGGACUGUUUUUCUCUCGUGCCAAGCAUGGCUGUCCCUGAACAGUGAAAACUAUGGCCAUGAAGUGUCGAGGAAAAUGAAAAUGAAGGACAGCUGGGUGUGUGGGCUGUUGCUCUCUGAGUUUCACCAUUGUUUAAAUAAAAUCAAGAAAAUGCAUAUUUUGCCCAGAGCCUGAGGCUCGCUCUAAGAGACCCCAUCUCCAUCAGAGGCCCCCCCGUAGCUUUGUAAAGCGCACACGGAUUGAAGAUGAGCACUUCUGAUUAAAAACCAAUCUCAAAUCUAAA